UCCUGUUUGUCUCUAUGAAACCCAUUUAGCAUGAAAUCGCAAGUGCAGUGAGAGUACAGACGGUCAGACAUUAGAAUGGCCAUGAAAAUUGUUUUAUGGAUGCUAGUGAUUUUAGUUUCCUUACAUUCAAUAUCAUCGCAUGGCUCGGCGAGAUAUUUAAAGGAAAUUGUCCUCGGUAGAUGCUGGGACUUUCAACGGCAAAAGACGUCCGAGGUCACCCCCAAGAACUGUUCGAAAUUAUGGGAAACAUUUCACAAUGCAUUCGCCUUCAAGGACCCGUGUGCAACGAAUUUCUCUGAUUAUGAACCUUUCUUUGAUGAAGUUGGAAUGGACAUUGUCAAAAGGGAUAAGAGUCUCUUUUGGUCAGGAACAUACAAAGAAGCUCACGAAUACUCGGACUUUAACUCCAGGCUGACUACAUUAGAAGAUACAAUGGCAGGAUGGAUGAUGAAUGGCUUAACUUGGUGUGGUUCAAAAAAUAAAUCAUCUGAUGGUAUUAACUACGAUUCCUGUCCAAAUUGCAGUCACUUCAAAGCAUUUUGGGGCUUAGCUUCAAGAAGAUUUGCAGAGAAAGCCAGUGGAAUCUCUCAUGUCUUGGUCAACGGAUCGCGGUUAAUAAACGGGACACCAGCUGCUUACUCAAGAACGAAUUUCUUUGGAAGUAUGGAGCUUCCAAACCUUAACAAAAGCAAUGUCAUUGAGCUGAAAAUUCUAGUGGUCCAUAACAUCGGUGGUCCCAUUUUGGAGGUUUGUGGCAAUGGCUCGAUCAAAGAGAUGGAGGAGGAUGCUAACAAAAGAGGCAUAAAAACGACUUGCCUCGAUGACCCGGCGCAAAUUCAACAUCUGCUGUGCGCUGAUUUCCCAGAAUCUCGCGUGUGCCGGUUCCUUCGUAGUGCAACAAGGAGUGUAACAAAGGCCGUGAGUUGUGGAUCUUGGAAGCUGGUAGCUAUUCUGAUGAUAUCGAUUACUGGAGCUGUUCUUCUGGUUGCACUAAUUGGAGUAAUUUAUGUCAGCAGUAAAAAGAAAAAAAACCCCUUUUCAUUUAAAUACAGACAACAUAUACAGGAAUAAACUGUAAAACAUCUAAAGGUCUUCCUUUGAAACUCAGCAAACGCUGAACAUUUUGAUUUGAAUCUGACAGGUCAGUUGUGUAGUAAACUAUCAACGUCAAGUUCAAAAUGCGCAAACAAUCCCCAAACUACCAAAAUUAUCACCGUUGUCAUUUGCGGUUAAGUUUCCCGACACCAAGAAUUUACCUUGAAACACAUAUCACUUAAAAAAAUAUUUGGUGUCCACAGCUGUCUGAGUCUCACAGUACUUUUUGAUUUGAUUGUAAUUCCUAUGGAAAUUGACGAAAUAUACUUGUGCUUAAAAAGUU